UGCCCUCCAUCUGCACUGAAACCCUAUUUUCCUUCCAUCGCCUUCCUACAUGGGCUUUUCUAUAGCGAACUGGGAUGUUAAUUCCUAGGGACAAAGCAGGAUAACUACCAAGUGCCAUGCGCAGGAGUGACGCCGAAUAACAACCAAGAACUGUAUACUGUACUACCGUAUACCGUAUUUGACCUUACGGAUCAAAACGCCCUUUCCAGAACAGCAGGAUAUAAUUUGCAUUUUUUGAAUGUAAGUUCCAGAUCUCUGAUCAACGCAUGUUUUCCGACGCACACAGCUCGCAACAUCACAGAAGGCUGCGCCCCCCUUCUGCAAGAAGAGAAUUAGAGCAACAUCUGGAAAAAGGAGGCAGCGCCGCAGAAGCGUCACAGCUGAGCUUCUCAGUCUAUGGCCACGUCCCGCUCACAGGCUGAUUUAGGACUCCUAAACUGGGAGCGAGGGGAGAAGGAAGGGGAAGACUCUGUCGUCAUCUCUGUGCGACAUGAGGCAGGAGCAGAGGGAGGGACGCACAAUCCCCUACGGGGCCAAUAGCGUUUGUUUUCAUCGGCUGUCAUGGCCUCCACGGAAGGAGAGAUAGGCUUGAAUCCGCCCCAGGAUCCCGCUCCGCCGACGGACUCCUUCGAAGAGACGCUCGGGGAGAUCCUGAGAGGUUCUCUGCGUUCGCUGCCUCGGUUGAUUGGGCAGAUGUUAUGUGUUUGGAUUUUAAAGUUUAACCUAGAAGAAGAUGUGGUGAAAAUUAACAUAAACUGGGAGAAACUUCAAGGCAUGUCACUACCCCAGCCUAAAUUGAUCUUUACUGCUCUUCAGCAGCAUAUUUCCUCUUUACAGCUUUUUAUGGAAAAACUUCAGCCUUUGAUUAAAGAAGAAAAUACCACACCCAUUUAUAAUUUUAGUAAGACAGAACAUGGAAAUUUUGGAAGUAAUUCAGAUGUAAUAGAUAAAGACAUACAGAAGGAAAUGGAACAGACAGCCAGUGGUUCUGCAAAUGUGAAAGAAGCUCCUUUUGGUUUUGACCCAGAAGUAGUUCAGAUAAAAGCUGGGAAAGCUGAAAUUGAAAGACGAAUAUCAGCCUUCAUUGAAAGGAAACAAGCUGAGAUCAACGAAAACAAUGUCAGAGAAUUUUGCAAUGUUAUGGAUUGUAAUCAAGAAAACAGCUGUGCUAGAACUGAUGCAGUGUUUACGCCUUAUCCAGGUUUCAAAAGUCAUGUGAAGGUUUCUCGAGUUAUAAAUACUUAUGGACCUCAGACUAGAAAUAAAGAUGCCCAGGUUUCCAACCAUAAUGCUAACACUCAUUCUCAUGAUUGUGGAAAUCAAGCAAUAGAAGAGAGACUACAGAACAUUGAAGCUCAUUUAAGGUUACAAACAGGUGGACCAGUGCCUAAAGAUAUUUAUCAGAGGAUAAAAAAGCUUGAAGAUAAAAUUCUUGAACUGGAAGGGAUGUCUCCUGAAUAUUUUCAGUCUGUGAAUUUGUCUACAAAAAAAAGAAAAAAUCAACAAAAUCAAAACUAUACUCUGGCUGAACUUGAUGAGAAGAUCAAUGCACUCAAACAAACAUUGCUAAGAAAAACAAAUGAAGGGAGGCCCAAAGUGGUAAAUCAGUUUCUUUGAUUAUGGCAAUGAGACUUCAUUAUGCUUUCAUGCAUAUUUAACCUUUUUAGACUGAGUACUCUUUAUCUAGCGUUUAUCGUGGAAACUAAAUAUGCACAUGAAUUUAUCUAAUUCUUAUUGGAAACUUGAAUUAAGUAAACUUUGUUACUUAUCUAGAUUGAAGAAUGUUUUGGAAAUAGCAUUAUAAAUAUCUCCUUUCCAUUAAUGGAAAGGUGGAUUGUAGAAUUUUUAAUAGAAAAAAAAUAAAAUUUUGUUUUCAUGUUUUGUGUGUUACGUUGAUGGAACAAACAAAUUUCUGUUGAAAUAUAAUUCUGGCAAGGAGUAUUACUGAAAAUAUUACUUUAUGUCACAAAGCUACAAAAUAAAUAAAUAAAAAUAAA